UCCCUUCCUAGAAGAUCCUCUACUUUCCUUCCUCCCCUAUAUAAAUCCACCAAUUCAUGCAUUUCAACUCAUAAAAUCACAAAAAAAUCCAAUCCUUACACUUAUUUUCAAAAGGGUCUUGAUCAAGAAUGGCAGGAGCUGAUAAAAGAGCAGAUUUUGAAGACUUGUUGCCUGUAAUGGCAAACAAGCUAGGUGGGGAAGGGUUGAUAAACGAGCUGUGUAAUGGGUUUCAGCUGUUGAUGGAUAAAGAUAGAGGGGUUAUUACCAUGGAGAGUUUGAAAAAGAAUGCAGCUUUCUUGGGUUUGCAAGAUUUGAGUGAGGAUGAGCUUGUUAGUAUGGUUAAAGAAGGUGAUCUUGACCGCGAUGGGGCUUUAAAUCAAAUGGAGUUUUGUGUUUUAAUGUUCAGACUGAGUCCUGAAUUGAUGCAAGAAUCAAGAUUUUGGCUUGAAGAAGCACUUGAAGAGGAGCUCAAGGGCUACGGAUUUUGAGCCAUGGCUAGCUGGCGAUAUCUAUAAUGAUUUCUUUGCCAUUGCAAAGAUUAAGUUGUCUUGAAAAUAAAAAUAACAUUGCCUUGAUAUGGUCCUGACUGCUUCUGUUUGAUUUGUUUUCUUUCUUUUUCCUGAAAGAAAUUUGUUUUCUUAUUUAUCGUUAUUGAUGUUCAAAAUUGAAAAGAAAUACACAGGAUUAUUUAUUGUUAUUGAUGUUCA